AUGGAGAAAACAAAUGGAAAAGAGGCCACUGCUCUGUCCAUAGUGGAGACUGGCAUAGAGAACCCAGGGCUGGAGCUCACGGAGGAAGGAUUAAAUCCUGAGGGAACCAGGAGGACUGGAGGGCCGGGACAAAGCCUCGGCGAUGGGCCGGGGCCUUCCACUCCCUGGAGGAGACUACUACGACCUUUUGCCAAGGCAAAAAGUUUCUGCAGAAGGCAUGCCAGCUUGUUCAAGAAGAUCCUGCUGGGCUUGUUCUGUUUGGCUUAUGCUGCCUACUUCCUGGCAGCCUGCAUCUUGGAUUUCCAGAGGGCACUGGCCCUGUUCGUCCUGACCUGCUUGGUGCUCUUGGUCCUGGUUCACCGCUCUCUGAAAAAGCUCCUUGGUGAAAAAUUAACAAUAUGCCUGAAGCCCUUUAAAAACUCCUGCCUAAAGCUUUGGAUGAAACGGGUGUUCGCUGGAGCCGCCUUGGUUGGCCUCAUCCUGUGGCUGGCUCUGGACACAGCCCAAAGGCCCGAGCAGCUGAUGUCCUUUGCGGGAAUCUGCAUAUUCAUCCUCACGCUCUUUGCCUGCUCCAAGCACCACAGCGCAGUGUCCUGGAGGACGGUGCUUUGGGGCCUGGGUCUUCAAUUUGUCUUUGGGGUCUUGGUCAUCAGAACUGAUCCUGGAUUUAAUGCGUUUCAGUGGCUGGGAGACCAGAUUCAGAUUUUCCUAAAUUACACUGUGGCUGGCUCCAGUUUUGUCUUUGGGGAUACGCUGGUCAAGGACGUCUUCGCUUUUCAGGCCUUACCAAUCAUUAUUUACUUUGGAUGCGUGAUGUCCAUUCUCUACUACCUGGGCCUCGUGCAGUGGAUAGUUCAGAAGAUUGCUUGGUUUUUACAAAUCACCAUGGGCACCACUGCCACAGAGACCCUGUCUGUGGCAGGAAACAUCUUUGUGGGUAUGACAGAGGCACCUCUUCUCAUCCGUCCAUACCUUGCAGACAUGACACUCUCUGAAAUCCACGCAGUGAUGACCGGAGGGUUUGCCACCAUUUCGGGCACUGUGUUGGGAGCGUUCAUAUCCUUCGGGAUUGAAGCUUCGUCCUUGAUUUCUGCGUCUGUGAUGGCUGCCCCUUGUGCUCUCGCCUUGUCGAAGUUGGUAUACCCAGAAGUGGAGGAAUCCAAGUUCAAGCAUGAGGAGGGGGUAAAAUUGCUCCGUGGGAAGGAGAAGAAUAUCCUGGAAGCUGCCAGCAAUGGAGCCACAGAUGCCAUAGGGCUUGCUGCUAACGUAGCGGCCAACCUGAUUGCCUUCCUGGCUGUGUUGGCCUUCGUCAAUGCUGCCCUCUCCUGGCUAGGGGAACUGGUAGACAUACAGGGGCUCACUUUCCAGGUGAUUUGCUCCUAUAUCCUAAGGCCCAUGGUCUUCAUGAUGGGUGUAGAGUGGGCAGACUGUCCAAUGGUGGCUGAGAUGGUGGGGAUCAAGUUCUUCACAAAUGAGUUUGUGGCCUAUCAGCGACUGUCUCAAUACAAGAACAAACGUCUCUCUGGAGUGGAAGAGUGGAUCGGGGGCGAGAAACAGUGGAUUUCUGUGAGAGCUGAAAUCAUUACAACAUUUUCACUCUGUGGAUUUGCCAAUUUUAGUUCCAUAGGAAUCACACUGGGAGGCUUAACAUCCAUGGUACCUCACCGGAAGAGUGACUUGUCUAAGGUUGUGAUCAGUGCCCUCUUCACAGGGGCCUGUGUAUCCCUUAUCAGUGCCUGCAUGGCAGGAAUCCUCUAUGUUCCCAGGGGAGCUGAAACUGACUGUGUCUCCUUCCUAAACACAAGUUUCACCAAUAGAACCUAUGAGGCCUAUGUGUGCUGCAGAGAGCUCUUUCAGAGUACGCUGAAUGGCACCAACGCUCCUUCUUUUUCUGGUCCAUGGGAGAACAACGAGUUCAGUGCUGUAGCCCUUGCUAACUGCUGUGAAUUCUACCCCAAUGCUGUGUGUCCCUAA